CUUGAGUACGGCCCUGUUGUGGCGUAAGAGCUUUAUGUUUCGGUUCAUGACCUUGAUGUUCUAUGUCAUGUGUCACUUUCACCAACGCGAUUUUUGACAGCUAAGUUGACAAGCAGCAACAAGUUUUUAAAGUGCUUUUUAAAAAGCUGCAAAAGUGCAUUUACUCCAAAAAAAUAUAUUUUUUUCGAUAUCUCACAUUUUCUGAAUGAAAAGUAAGCGUAUAAUUGGAGAAACGAAUACUUUACCAAGUCGCUUUCGUCCUGAAGAUCGCAAAUGUUUGGCAGAUGCCCCAUAUAAACAAUACCAAGAAUUUUGCAUGAUUGUGCACAUGAUUGAAAUUACUCUGUUUCGAUGCCUCAUGAUGUACUGGACAUGGGGGCAUGCUUAACGUUAGAACGUGAGGAGGGUAAAGCCAGGAAACGUAGCGAAGAGAUAGACAGGCAGUUGGGAGAAUUUGCCAAACAACAAAGUAACAUUAUAAAAAUUCUCCUGCUUGGCGCUGGCGAAAGUGGGAAAAGCACUCUAGUAAAACAGAUGAAAAUAAUCCAUGCAGAUGGAUUUACGCAAGCAGAACUCACUUCUUUUCGACCUACAGUUUUGGACAACCUCUUGGCCUCCAUGAAAUAUGUGCUUGCUGGAAUGGGCAUUCUUAGAAUUAAUUUAGAACAUAGUUGCAAUAAAGUACAUGCCCAAACUGUUCUUUUAGCCAAAAGUUGCUUUGAUAUGAGCUUUAAUAUAAUACCAAGCGUUGCUACUGCCAUGCAAGUUCUUUGGUCAGACAGAGGUGUUAGACUUGCUGUUGCAAGGGGUUAUGAGUAUGAACUGAAUGAUUCUGCCCUAUAUCUCUUUGAAAACAUGGAGAGAAUUUGUGAUCCAAAAUAUGUGCCAAAUGCCACUGAUGUUUUGAGAGCUAGAGUGAGAACACAGGGCAUUAUAGAAACUCAAUUUCGAAUCAAUGAUAUGAUUAUUAGUAUGUAUGAUGUAGGUGGUCAGAGAUCUCAACGUAGAAAGUGGAUAUAUUGCUUUGAUGAUGUCAGAGCUGUCUUAUUUGUGAUCUCACUCAGUGGAUAUGAUAUGACUUUAUUAGAGGAUCCAAAUGUAAAUAGACUGGAGGAAAGUUUGAAUCUGUUUGGGCAAAUUGUGAAUAAUCCGUUUUUCAAAGAAGCUUCCUUUGUGCUAUUUUUAAACAAAUUUGACUUGUUCAGAGAAAAAAUACUAUAUUCACAAAGACAUUUGAGACUGUAUUUUCCAGAUUAUAAGGGUCCAGAUUUUGAUGUUGAUCGUGGUGCCUUGUUCAUCCAGCAUAAAUUUAUUUUGAGAAAUGGGGAUUCAAGAAAAGUACUCUAUCCUCACUUCACUACUGCUACUGAUACUGCCAAUGUACAAGUUGUCUUCCAAUCUGUCAUGGAAAUGAUCAUUUCUGCAAAUCUUGGACAGGUCACUCUAUUGUAAUGAUCUUUUUUGUGCCUCUUUUUUAGAAAAUCAUUCUCUCCAAUUUUCAUGCUCAUAUUCCAUUUCAGAAUAAUUUUCUUUCAACAGUGGAUUACUUUAAAGCACAAUGUUUAACCUUCAACUUCAAUAUAAAUCAAUCAAGAUACUGACAAACAUAAGUAUUUCUUUUAUUAGUCAAUAACUCGCCUUGAAUUUGUAUAUUUAAAAAAUACGUCAUAUUUCAUCUUUAUCUCGUAUAUAUUUUGUCGACAAGACUUGAAUUUGUUAUUAUUGAGCAUGAUAAUUGCAGAGCAAGGUUUUAAAGCUUUGUUUUAGGGUUGUAGGUAGUACUUUUUUCCGCUUAUAAAGUAUUUUUAAUUGUUAAGAUCUCAUAUUAGUGUUUAGUACAUUGCAAUAUUUAGUAAUCUUUAUUACAUUAGAGAUGAAAAAUUCUAUUUUAGAUUGUUUUUACAUGUGACUGUGAUAUAUGGCCGAAAAUAAUGUGUAAGCAAACAAUCUUUUUGAAUAUUUUUUAAUAUGUACUAAACGAAUUUUAGGAGAAUAUUUACAUAUAUUCUAUAAACUUGUUAUUGAAAAUUUUUAUGUUCUUGCCCUAGUUGAAGCAGUUGUUUCAAAAAAUAAAAGCAUUCUUUAAAUUCGC